AUGCAAGCAGAGGCUCUGAAUGCCAAGUUCAAUCCAGUCCUGAGGCAUAUCGGAGACGGCAAGAUGUCGCACGCAAGCAAAGCUGAUCAGUGAGUGAUUGCCAUCUCGCACUCGCGCGAUCACCAUCCUCAGGAAAUCUGACCUGACAAAUUCCCAAUGUCUUGGCCCUCCUUGGAGCAGCUUCGAAGCUUUCGUCGGUGCGAUGCUCCUGACGCGAGGCUUCGAUGCUACUUCUGCGUAUUUAUCGCCGCUGCUACUUCCGUGGGUAGAACGAAUCUCUCUUUCGCCAGGUUUCCACGACAGGUAUCGGACGCCUGCGGCCAUGAUUCGAGCCAAGCAGGCACAGAGGGCACAGGCCAAGGCUUUGGCAGAGCGCGCCGCGAAGAGUGGCUUGCUGACUAAGGUCCUCAGACGCGUGUUCGGUCCAAUGCUUCGAUGGAUCUUCCCAGAAGUCUCGACGAUCGUGCAGAAAGGGCGGCCGAAGAGAUAG